AUGAUUGACCCAAUUGAUAAAAUUAUUGAAGAAACAUUUGUUUAUAAAAUUGACAUGCUUCAUAAUCUUUCUUUAUCAUCGAAUGCAUCAAUGAUUCGUUACGCGUUAGCAUAUAAGAACUUCAAUCCUAACGAAACAUAUCCAGAAGAAGAAAAUGUGGAAUCAAGUUUUGAAUUAACGAAAAAGUAUUGGAAAUAUAAAAUUGAAUCAUAUAAGAAACAAGAUGAAAAAGCAGAAAGGGAUACUAAAAACAAUGUUUCAAUGAAUGACUAUCAAUACUAUCACGAUUUAAUCCUUUCAUCUAAAUGCAAAAUGUGUGGUAAAGCGUUUACAUAUGCUAAUAAACCAACAUUGGAUAGAAUCGAUAAUGAAAAACCACAUACCAAAGAAAAUUGUCAGUUAAUGUGUUGUUAUUGCAAUGUCGUAAAAUCAAAUAAAGAUGAAGAUGUUCAACGUUUAAGAAUCAAUUUAAGAAAUUAUGCAUUAAAAAAUAAUUUACCAAUGACUUUAGAUUCAGUUGAAGCUUAUCACAUUCUCCGUAAUGGAAUUACUGGUGGUCUAUCAAAUGUUCAACAUCGUGUUAAUCUUAAAGGAAUCACGCACAUUAAUAAACUUUCAUAUAAUCCAGAAACUAAAACUGUAUCAAAUGAGGACACCACCAACAUUAUGACUCAUUUUGUUGGUGUUGAUUUUAAUUCAUUAUAUCCUUCAUCAUUUUCAUCUAAUCCUCAUGAUUUCAUUCAAUAUACUGACCAUAAAAUGUAUAUGCCGGGAAGAUUGAAUGGUGUUAUCAUUUGUGAUACAGCAACAAAGAAAGCAAAAGCACUGGGAAUAAUUAGAAAGAAAAAUACUUUAUUCGUGGCUGAAGUAAAGGGUCACAUUGAUGAAAAAUACAUUAAUGAUUACAUAAACUUUUUACCAAUAAUAAGAAACUUAGAUAUUAUCACAGAUGAAAAAACAAUUGGCAGUUUUAUGUAUAAUUACAUGAAAUCAAACAAUCUACCAGUUGACCAGAAACAGAGGAAAUUAACUCAGUUAGCAUCAACACACAACCAAUAUCAACCAUUUUCUUCUUAUUAUCUUUGGUAUCUAAUAGACAGAUUUCAUUUUAUCAUUGAUGAUAUUCAAUCAAUUUUAACAUUUACGAAAAACACUUGCUUUAAUGAAUUUGCGAACGAAUUUAUGAACGAAAGACAAAAGGCUGAAUUAGAAGGAAAUAAAGGAAAAAGUUUAUUUUGCAAGAUUUCACUUAAUGGAUCAUAUGGUUACGAUGCAAUGAAUACACAAAAUUACGCAAAGACUAAAAUAAUGAAUGCACAGAAGGCACGCGUUGCAUGUAUGUCAAAUAAGUUUAAAAACAUAAGAGAAAUAGGUGAAGAUAC